AUGGAGGCAACCGACAAAGAAAAAAGUUGGUGGUUUGAAGGAACUUGUCCGCCUAUUAACGGUGAAAGACUUCCUGUGGUCCUUGCAAAAAAUGUAUCAUUCAAAGAGUUUGCCAAGAAAUCUGAACGUGCUAAGACGGGAAGAUUCUGGGACUAUGAUAAGGGCAUUGUGACAGCUAUUGAGUUGCCGUCCGGUGACCACGAAGGUGCAAUAGGUGAAUUCAGUCGCCAAAUUUUUGAUCAACUUAGAAAUGCGGCACCUCAGGAUAACAUUAGGUGGUGGGGAGCGAAAAGUGAGUACAAAGAACCCGAUGGCUGUUUUGUGCCUCGACGUCUGCUAAAUCUGCCGAACCCGGUGCCUAAUCCAUGCGAUAAUGGUGGGAACCCAUGGCCAACUAUCAUUCUCGAGGUUGCUUCCUUUGAAACGCUUAUACAUAUAAAGGAUAAGGUUAACAACUUUUGGCUAGUUCCAAACCGUUGCGAGGAUGUGAUUGUUUUUAAGCUGGGCAGUUGGAUUACUAAACGCCGUAAUCGGAAUGGGCAACCUUUGCGUCGUUUGCGAUGUCUGAAAUUCUGUCGACGUGCAACUCUUCAACUAGACCAAAAUGCUACGACAUUUGAUCCAAUUCAAGAGAUUGAGUUUGGGACUGUUGGCGUCAACGGAAGGACUAGUAAUAUUUGCUCGGCCCCCCGAAUGAAGUGGCUUACAAUUGACCGUGAUUGUAUUUAUGUGGGAUGUGCUCCUCCUCUCCCUCCUCUUCAGGUUCUUUCUCAAACUUCUGCGCCUGGAGUUGCCAUCGAUUUAUAUGAUAUACAACAGGCGAUCUUCGAUGCUAUGGAUAAAAAUUGA